AUGAGGAAGUCCGAGGUAGAGUUAGACAGUCAUUCCCAGCGCCGCCUCAUCGCCAUGCAGCCGACCACUCCACCAAUUACCGCCACGCAAAGUCACUUUCACAACCCGCUGGGCUCCGCCUGCAGCCGGGAGAGGGGAUAUUUCACUACAGGAGGUGUCCGUCCAGAAACAAGGGGCUCCAGAGUGACCUGGAGACACCGGGGCGACGCUGGGACUGAGCAGCUCUGUCCCGGCCUCUAUACAUCCAUAUGA